AUGGCGCAUACGACACAAACACCAGGCGAGGUGGUGCUGAGCACAACGGAUCGACGCCCGAAACAGUUCCUGUGGGGAACGGAGCAUGUUCCUUUGAGGACGGGGGCCGGCACUCUCUUUGAGAAACUGGGCUGGAUGAAUGCCCAGCUCAACGACGCACGCGUCUUCCCUUUGAGGGACCGACCGAGGUUUUGGUCUCCAGAACAUAUGUGGCUUGCUCCGGGGCAAGCUGUCGUCGUGGCUGCUUACUUUCUCUUCGAUUCCGCCCGGGGGUUGGAUUCGUUUGUGCGAGAGCUCGAGGCUUUUGUGCCGGUGACGGCAGAACUUUGGAUCAGUCAACCGACUGUCGACAGCGAGAAUUGGAAUUCUUGCGCCGCGCUUGUUCUUUUCGACGCGUUCGAACCCUUGCACGGGUCUAUGAGCCGGUUAGAAGUGCUACGCGCAGUGCAACACUAUUUGGGAUGGUGUCACAAGAAAGGAAACGACUCGACACAGUGUUGGCGUCACGCAAAAGGCGGUUUCUCCGAGUUGGUGCCCUUGGAGGCAAAGGCACGCUGGUUUGCUGCGAGGCAAGCGUUGCUCCUGCCUUGUGGAGAGCCCCUUCGGCUCCCCGCUAGGUCUUUUAGUUGUAAAACACCCUGUAGAGAUACAUUGGAGUUUGAGCUGUAG